GGAGGGUUACCCUCGUCUUGAAAGCAUUGCCAUGUGUGCAGAGUUCAUUCCAACCCCCUUUCUUUUUCCCAAAAGAAAAAAAAUCCACACUUAGUGGCUGACUGGGAAGAACUCGGGAAUAUUUUUUGUACCACCAUUUUAUUUUUGAGGAAGUUCGAUCUGGCACCCUGAUCAAAGUUCAUAGGGACUCUUGUUCAAGGUGGCGGCUGCACUUGCUCAGCUUAUCGUUGAACUUUUUUCGAUUUAACUCCUCUAGAAAUUAUCAGGGGAACAUGGCAGCGGCGAGGAUAGGGAGGCUGUCACCCGGAAAAGUUGCCCGACUCAGUUUGCCUCGAAGCCGGGGUGAACCGUUAGCCGUUAGCUGUGGCUUUGUACCCGCGGUGCGUUCACUGACCUCUCCCCUUAUGUCCGCCAGAGCCAUGGCCGGCCUGAGCGCCACGCGUUGCGGUCUGCCCAAGGAGAGCGUGACCGAGAACGGUACCUCGCGGCGGGGCAAGGUCCUGACCAUCGACACCAUGAACCCCACCGUGAAGAUGGUGGAGUACGCCGUGCGGGGGCCCAUCGUGCAGCGGGCGGUGGAGCUGGAGAAAGAGCUCUCCGAGGGGAGGAAGAAGCCCUUCCAGGAGGUCAUCAAAGCUAACAUUGGUGAUGCACACGCCAUGGGCCAGCAGCCAAUCACCUUUUUUCGACAGGUACUGGCACUGUGCUCCUACCCCGAACUGCUCAACGACAGCACGUUCCCAGAAGACGCAAAGAGUCGAGCGCGCCGCAUCCUUCAGUCCUGCGGUGGCAACAGUAUGGGUUCAUACAGUGCCAGUCAAGGCAUCGACUCUGUGCGACAUGACGUGGCCCGGUACGUGCAGCAAAGGGACGGCGGCGUGCACUGCGACCCGGAUGACAUUUACCUCACCACAGGGGCCAGCGAUGGCAUCGUGACGAUGCUCAAACUGCUGGUAUGCGGCGAAGGCACGGCCCGCACCGGCGUCAUGAUUUCCAUCCCGCAGUACCCUCUCUACUCAGCGGCGCUGGCCGAGCUGGGCGCCGUGCAGAUCAACUACUACCUCAACGAGGAGGCGUGCUGGAGCAUGGACAUCAGCGAGCUGCAGCGGGCUCUGGAUGAGGCACGGAGCCACUGCAACCCCCGAGCCCUGUGUGUCAUCAACCCCGGGAACCCCACUGGCCAGGUUCAGAACAGAAAGUGCAUCGAAGACGUCAUCCGAUUCGCCGCCAAGGAGCGUCUGUUCCUCAUGGCUGACGAGGUGUACCAGGAUAACGUGUAUGCCGACGGGUGCCAGUUCCACUCGUUCAAGAAGGUGCUCUUUGAGAUGGGGCCUGAGUACUCCAACACGGUGGAGCUGGCCUCCUUUCACUCCACCUCCAAAUGUUACAUGGGAGAGUGUGGCUUCCGUGGCGGCUACAUGGAGAUCAUCAACAUGGACGACGAAGUGAAGGCCCAACUGACCAAGCUGGUGUCUGUGCGCCUGUGUCCGCCCGUUCCCGGACAGGCACUGAUGGACCUGGUGGUCAACCCGCCGCAGCCCGGAGAGCCGUCGUAUGAUAAAUUCAUGAAGGAACGUACAGCCACCCUGAGUGCCUUAGCAGACAAGGCCAGAUUGACAGAGGAGGUGCUUAACACUGUGCCUGGCAUCAGGUGCAAUCCUGUGCAGGGUGCCAUGUACUCCUUCCCUCGUAUCAGCAUUCCAGAGAAAGCUGUCAAAGAGGCCGCAUCAAAAGGCCAAGAACCCGACAUGUUCUACUGCAUGAGACUGCUGGAGGAGACGGGCAUCUGCCUUGUUCCUGGGAGCGGCUUCGGGCAGAAGGACGGGACCUACCACUUCAGGAUGACCAUCCUGCCUCCCACCGACAAGCUGAAGGUUCUCUUGAGUAAAGUGAAGGAGUUCCACCAAAGGUUCACCAAGCAGUACUCCUAAGUCCCCUAAUCGUUCUCUCUCUCUCUCACACACAAACACGCACACACACACACACGUUGAAGAACUGCCAAAAUUCCGAUCCUCCACUUUUUUUUUUAUGAAGUGCCUUCACAUUUUUUUUUUUUUCUAUCUCACUUCCCUCCUCCUCAUGGAUGUUUGCAGAAUACAGACAUCCUAAUAAGGGCACUUAAAACUAACUUUGCGUCAAAAUUGUAGUACAGCGUGGUUGGUAAGUAGGAAAGAAUAUGUGCCAAGGAUUAUUUUAAAUUUUUUUUUUUUUUUUUAUUACAUUUAAAAAAAUAUUAAUUAUCGCUGCUUAAAAACAAACAAACCAUGAAGUAUUCAUUGCUGCAGUCUGUACAUGACUGAGAUAUAUGCAGAAAGUCAUUUUUGCAUGCUUAAAAUAAAUGUCGCUCGAGGCUACAUUUUACAGCUUUUUUUUUUUUAAACAUGUAUUUACGCAGAAAUCAUAUAACACAGAGUUUAUUUUCCUCUAGCUGUGGACAAUAAUGAAAGCAUGCUGAGCGCUGACAAAAUGAAAAAAGCUAUUAAGGCAUUAAUCAACCCUACAUUGUAUGCAAAGCUGCUCCAAAAGAGGGUAGGAAGACUUACUUUCAGUUUCCAUAGUAAAUCCCACUGAAAGGAAAAAAAGUUUCCAUUUUGUGUUUUUUAACAAUGCUAAGCCAAAUAGUGCAAAAAAAAAGCAGAGACCCUAAGAAUCAACUGUCUGUGUUAUUUUGAAAAAGGGAAUGUGCUCGAGAGUUGUCUACCCAUGCACUAGACUAGAGGAAGCCUAUGUUGCAAAGAAUUUUGAGAAUUACUGAAACAUUUUUUUUUUUUAAAUCUACUUGUAUCAUUAUUUGACUAAUUAUUAACUGCAUGCGUUAUGAAUAAAAUCAAAAGUGAUUAUAUCACCAAU